UCUCCAUUUUCCGUCGCGAGGUUUUCUAGGGUUUAUCCCCUCUCUUUCUUCCCGAAUCAAGCAGUCAGUCAGUCCUUCAUUUCCAGCAAGCAACACGGGGGGAUUUACUUACGAUUGUUCUAGCUAGCGAAGAAUGUAUCUCUACAAUCUCACUCUCCAGCAAGCUGCUGGUAUAGUCUGCGCGAUCAAUGGAAGUUUCUCCGGUGGUAAGGUCCAAGAAAUUGUCGUUGCAAGAGGCAAGGUUCUCGAUAUGCUCCGACCCGACGAAAACGGUAAGAUUCAGAAACUUCUCUCUGUUGAAGUUUUUGGUGCUAUUAGGUCUUUAGCUCAGUUCAGGUUAACCGGCGCCCAGAAAGACUAUAUUGUUGUUGGUUCCGAUUCGGGCCGGAUUGUCAUACUAGAGUACAAUAAGGAGAAGAAUGUCUUCGAUAAAGUUCAUCAGGAGACUUUUGGGAAGUCCGGUUGUCGACGGAUUGUGCCUGGGCAGUACUUGGCUAUUGAUCCUAAAGGUAGGGCGGCUAUGGUUGGGGCUUGUGAGAAGCAGAAGCUUGUUUAUGUAUUGAAUAGGGAUACUGCAGCUAGGUUGACGAUUUCUUCACCCUUGGAGGCGCACAAAACUCAUACCAUUACUUACUCUAUAUGUGGGGUUGAUUGUGGGUUUGAUAAUCCAAUAUUUGCUGCAAUUGAGCUUGAUUACGCUGAAGCAGAUCAAGAUUCAACAGGACAGGCUGCUGCAGAGGCGCAGAAGCACCUUACUUUUUAUGAGCUUGAUCUUGGGCUGAAUCACGUUUCAAGGAAGUGGUCUGAGCAGGUUGAUAAUGGUGCCAACAUGCUUGUUACCGUGCCUGGUGGUGGAGAUGGCCCUAGUGGUGUGCUUGUUUGUGCUGAGAAUUUUGUCAUAUACAAAAAUCAGGGUCACCCUGAUGUUAGGGCUGUUAUUCCUAGGCGGGCAGAUUUGCCAGCAGAACGUGGUGUCUUGAUUGUUUCGGCUGCAACUCACAAGCAAAAGUCCAUGUUCUUCUUUCUCUUGCAAACAGAGUACGGUGACAUCUUUAAGGUUACGCUAGACCAUGAUAAUGAAAGAGUGAAGGAGUUAAAGAUUAAGUACUUUGACACAAUUCCUGUAUCAUCUUCACUGUGUGUGUUGAAGUCUGGGUUUCUGUUUGCUGCAUCUGAGUUUGGUAAUCAUGUUCUGUAUCAGUUUCAGGCAAUUGGAGAUGACCCUGAUGUUGAGUCUUCGUCAAAUACACUGAUGGAAACAGAAGAAGGUUUCCAGCCUCUCUAUUUCCAGCCAAGGAAAUUGAAGAAUCUUUUGAGGAUAGACCAAGUUGAGAGCUUAAUGCCAAUAAUGGAUAUGAAAGUUGAUAAUCUUUUUGAAGAAGAGACCCCUCAGAUUUUCACUCUUUGUGGGAGGGGUCCACGUUCGUCUCUGAGGAUAUUAAGACCAGGCCUGGCUGUCAGUGAAAUGGCCGUUUCAGACCUUCCUGGUGUCCCAAGUGCUGUAUGGACAGUGAAGAAGAAUGUCAAUGAUGAAUUUGAUGCUUAUAUUGUUGUUUCCUUUGCCAAUGCAACUCUUGUGCUCUCUAUUGGUGAGACUGUUGAAGAAGUGAGUGAUAGUGGAUUUUUGGACACCACACCUUCACUUGCAGUUUCUCUGAUAGGAGACGAUUCUUUGAUGCAAGUUCACCCUAGUGGGAUUAGACAUAUAAGGGAGGAUGGUCGUAUUAAUGAGUGGAGAACCCCUGGGAAGAGGACAAUUGUUAAAGUUGGAGCUAACAGGCUUCAAGUGGUUAUCGCAUUGAGUGGAGGCGAGCUUAUUUAUUUUGAAGUUGAUCUGAAUGGACAGCUGAUGGAAGUUGAGAAGCAUGAGAUGUCGGGUGAUGUGGCUUGUUUGGAUAUUGCUCCUGUUCCAGAGGGACGACAAAGAUCGCGCUUCCUAGCUGUUGGAUCAUAUGACAACAGCAUUCGCAUCUUAUCUUUGGAUCCUGAUGAUUGUAUGCAAGUGUUGAGUCUGCAAAGUGUCUCUUCACCACCAGAAUCCCUUAUUUUUCUAGAAGUGCAGGCGUCUGUGGGUGGGGAGGAUGGUGCUGAUCAUCCUGCUAGCCUCUUUCUCAAUGCUGGUUUACAGAAUGGUGUCUUGUUCAGAACUGUGGUUGACAUGGUAACAGGUCAGCUUUCUGAUGCUCGAUCUCGAUUUUUGGGGCUAAAAGCCCCGAAAUUAUUCUCUAUUUCUGUUAGAGGAAGGCGUGCCAUGUUAUGCUUGUCUAGUCGUCCCUGGCUUGGUUACAUACAUCAAGGUCAUUUUCUUCUGACACCACUUUCAUAUGAAACUCUUGAGUAUGCUGCUUCGUUUUCAUCCGAUCACUGUGCGGAAGGUGUGGUGUCUGUUGCUGGGACAGCUUUAAGGGUAUUUACAGUUGAAAGAUUGGGAGAAACGUUUAAUGAAACUUCCAUUCCGUUGAGGUACACCCCAAGGAAGUUUAUUCUUCAUCAACAACAAAAGCAGAAAAUGUUGGUCAUUAUUGAGAGUGAUCAAGGGGCACUUACGGCAGAAGAGCGUGAGGCUGCUAAAAAGGAGUGCUUUGAAACUGGUAUCGAAGAAAAUGGUAAGGCUGACCAGAUGGAAAAUGGUGGUGGUGAUGAUGAGGAUAAGGAAGAUCCAUUCUCCGACGAGCAGUAUGGCUAUCCCAAAGCAGAAUCGGAUAGGUGGGUUUCUUGCAUAAGAGUUCUUGACCCAAAGACUGCAACCACCACUUGUUUGCUGGAGCUUCAGGAUAAUGAAGCUGCAUUCAGCAUAUGCACAGUGAACUUCAAAGACAAAGGGGCACUCUUAGCUGUCGGUACAGCUCAGGGUCUUCAAUUCUGGCCCAAAAAGACACAAAUUGCUGGAUAUAUACAUAUCUAUAGAUUUGUGGAUGGUGGAAAGUCCCUUGAACUUUUACAUAAGACAAAAAUGGAAGGGGUUCCUCUUGCUCUGUGCAAUUUCAAAGGAAAGUUACUUGCUGGAGUUGGAAAUGUGCUGCGACUAUAUGAUUUGGGAAAGAGGAGAUUGCUUAGGAAGUGUGAAAACAAGAUGUUCCCCAGUGCAAUUAACUCUAUUCAUACAUACCGUGAUCGAAUCUAUGUUGGUGACAUUCAGGAGUCAUUCCACUAUUGCAAGUAUAGGCCAGACGAAAACCAAUUAUACAUAUUUGCGGAUGAUUGUGUGCCGAGAUGGCUUACAGCUUCCCAUCACGUGGAUUUCGACACAAUGGCUGGUUCAGACAAGUUUGGAAAUAUCUAUUUUGUGCGUUUACCUCAGGAUGUAUCAGAUGAAAUAGAAGAAGACCCAACUGGAGGCAAGAUUAAGUGGGAACAAGGAAAGCUAAACGGAGCCCCAAACAAAGUGGAGGAAAUAGUCCAGUUUCAUGUUGGUGAUGUUGUCACAUCCUUGCAGAAAGCAUCUCUACUUCCAGGCGGCGGAGAAUACAUUAUAUAUGGAACUAUGAUGGGAAGUUUGGGCGCAUUGCAUGCUUUCACUUCUAGGGAUGAUGUUGAUUUCUUCUCUCAUUUGGAAAUGCAUCUAAGGCAGGAGCAUCCACCUUUAUGUGGAAGGGAUCAUAUGUCCUACAGAUCUGCUUAUUUUCCUGUCAAGGAUGUGAUUGAUGGAGAUCUAUGUGAGCAAUAUCCAACAUUGCCUAUGGAUAUGCAGCGGAAAAUUGCUGAUGAACUAGAUAGAACUCCUGCUGAAAUUCUAAAGAAACUUGAAGAAAUUCGAAAUAAAAUCAUUUGAGGAGGAUUAGGAAUCUCAAUCUAUCUAGUGAGGACAUCAUCUUGUAUGAUUGAAAUGGAUGCAGAGGGUUAUUUUAUUGGGUAGAUGAGAAAACUGAGUAAUAAUAUUUUAGUGAUGUUUUGAAGACAAACAGACAGACAGAGACGGUAGAGAAAUAUAGAUUUAGAAUGCCGACCGACCAUGGUUUGUUUGUUUGUUAAUUACAUGUUAUUUCAAGUGAGUAAAUGUAAUUGAAGAUGAUUCUCACAUCAUCCUCUCUUAAGUGGAUUUAUUUGUCAUUUCUGUUUGUUUUUGGUCUAAUAGUCACGAUUUCACUCUUUUAUGCUAUUUCUUUCUUUUGG